AUGACAGCUUCGCCACCUCAUGCAACCAAGACUAUGUCAAAAGAAAGUCUAUUAGCAGAUUCUUUACCAUCUAGAAUUCUCAAUGAGUACGAAACUAGGCAGACACUUAACGCUAACUUUGGCGCUAUGGUAACGAGCUACAACUCUGUAAACGAUGAUACAGGAACUGGCAAAGGUCUAGUACACUACCUCAUGAACCCUCGUGAACUUCGAGAAGAUCAUCCAGUUUGGCAUUACUUCUACCUCUGCACACUAAUAUUCGCUGCAUUUGUUUCGUUAUUUAUUGGUCCUGUCAUUUUUGGUAUGCUAGCAGCCAUUGGAGGCAUUGGUACCCCUUUGGCACUGAGUUUUUUUGGUGGUGCAGUGGGAUUAAUCUUGGGAGUUGUUUUCGGAGUCGUGUUUGCAGUUGUUUGCAUUGUUGCGCUUGUUAGAAUACUUGGAAUGAGCGCCGAAUGGGUUUUGGAUACCCUUUGGCACGGAGGAAAUGAUUUACUAGAAAUUAGCAGACAACAGGUUCUUAUGUUGUGUAAUAUUCCUAGUAGCAACCAUCAUCAUCAGCGUUAA